AUGGAGCUGCCGUCAGCGCGGCCAUACGCCUUUAGAUUCCGACCAGAAUCCACCGCUGUGGUCAUCAUUGAUAUGCAGCGAGACUUCUUGGAUCGCGGUGGUUUUGGUGAACUGCAGUGUGGCAAUGCCGAAAUCUUUGAGAACGUUAGACAAAUUGUUCCGCAGACCAAAGAGGUCCUCAAGGCAGCUCGGAAACUCGGACUCCACGUCAUACACACCAGAGAAGGCCACACUCCCAAUCUCUCAGACUUGCCAGCAUCCAAACGUCUGAGACAGAAGGCUGCGCCCUCGGGUCACCAUCACAUCGGCAUCGGAGAUGAAGGGCCUAUGGGUCGUCUGCUGGUACAAGGAGAGUACGGCCACGAUAUUAUUGAUGAUCUCAAGCCAGUCCCUGGGGAGACUGUGAUCGAUAAGCCUGGUAAAGGCUCAUUUUGGAACACGACUCUGCACCGAUCGUUAUUGGCCAGAGGCAUCACGCAUCUUCUUAUUGCAGGUGUGACUACCGAGUGUUGUGUGAACACGACAUUUCGAGAGGCUUCUGACCGAGGUUUCGAGUGCUGCGUUCUCACCGACUGCACAUCAGGCUUUGAAGGAUCAUUUGUUGACAGCACAUUAAACAUGCUCUGCUCGUACGACGGUCUCUUCGGCUAUGUAUGCGCAUCCAAUGAGCUCCUUAACUAUGCUCACGACUCACAUCCCACUCCUCCAAGGACUCCGCCCGGCUUCCAGGGAGAUUUGUCUUUGGCAUCAUUACAGCGACAGUUCAAGAACAGGGAAAUCACUGUAGUAGAGGUCGCCAAAGAUGUAAGCAGGAGGGUCUCAGAAUAUCAGAAAAAGGACCCCGCUGUGUGGACAUACCUGCAGAGUGGCGAGAAGCUGUUGAAAGCGGCUCAAGCUCUUGAAGAGCGAUACAUGCAUCAGCCUCUUCCUCCACUCUACGGCAUACCUUUCGCAGUGAAGGAUAACAUUGACGUUGAGGGUAUCUUCACGACAGGGGCUUGCCAGCAGGCCUCGUAUAUGCCGAAGAAGUCCGCUAAGGUUGUCACUGCUCUGAUCCGUGCAGGCGCGCUUUUCAUUGGUAAGACCAAUCUUGAUCAACUUGCAGCGGGAUUGUCAGGAUGCAGAUCACCUUUUGGCUAUCCACGGAGUGUGUUUGAUCAUGAGAGAGUCUCCGGUGGCUCGUCAUCAGGGUCUGCAGUAGCGGUCGCGGCAGGUCUUGUGACAUUCGCCCUCGGCACUGAUACCGCCGGCUCAGGAAGAGUGCCCGCCGCGUUCAAUGGAAUCACUGGUUUCAAGCCAACCAGGAGUACCCUCUCAGCGGAGGGUCUGGUACCUGCCUGCAGAAGUUUGGACACAAUCUCCAUCUUGGCACUGACUGUCAUUGAAGCGAGGGUCGUGUGGCUUGUCGCGGAUGAAGGUCCAGAUAUGUCGGAUCCUUUCGCCAAGACUCAGCAAUCCCUGCCAUUGUGGCAUGUGGACUUCCGAGGUGUGAGAGAAGGAGGAUUCGUGUUCGGUGUGCCGCCCGCUAGUGCUUUGGCAAUUUGCACACCAACGUAUCGCAAGCACUUUGAUAUCGCUGUAGAGCGACUGGAGAGAUCUGGUGGUGUCCGAAAGGAAGUUGAAUGGACACCAUUUGAGGGUGGCAGUCAGCUGUUGUACAACGGCGCUCUCAUGAACGAGCGUGUACAAUGUGCCGAUCCCGAAUUUCUACUCAAUAACCAGCAGCACCUGCACCCGACAACACGCAAACUGUUCGAAGCAGCUAUGGGGAGAGAUCUAAAGCCAUGGGACGUCUAUCGCGAUCAGCAUCUGCAAGCGACCUACACUCGACAAGCUGCCCUCAUUUUCGAGGAGAUUGAUGUGCUUCUUGUGCCUACGACGACAUGCCAUCCAACAGUGGCAGAAAUGGAGAGCGACCCAAUUACCUUGAACGCAAAGCUCGGAGAAUUCACACAUUUUGCUAAUGUCUUGGACUUGUGCGGUAUUGCGGUGCCUGCAAGCUGCUACGAGGAGAACGCGGCAGAGCCAUUACCGUUUGGUGUAACACUCAUUGGGGCAUCAGGAACAGACGGAAAGGUGUUUGAUAUAGCUAAAGUCUUUGAGGAAACGGCAUGA